AGGAGAGAGCGCGGUAUGGACGUGGUGGCGGGCCCCUCGGGGAGAGGUCCCUACUUGCGGUUCCCGCCGCCGCCGCCGUUCCCGCCGGAGGAGUACGACUACGCUUACGACGACGAAGACGAGGACGAGGAGGCGGCUGGGCCGAGCAGCAGGCCGCCAGUCUACCGGCGCCGCCCUGCACCGCGCUUCCAGGAGAACCUUUACGAGGAAAUCGGGGCCAUGCGGCUGGAGGAGGAGGUACGCUACGUCCACUCCAAGCACCUCCAGGUCCUGGACGAGUUGAACCUCUCGAUGGAGGCGAUGAUCAUGCCGGUGGCCCCUGGCGAACAGCUCACGGCGGAUCUCCUGUCGCCCGCGAGCUCCUCCAUCGACUCCGGGUUCUCGUCCUCUUCGACGGGGACCAACAGCCUGGGCCGCCCUCAGCCCACGAAGAGGAAGAGUCCUGGGGGCUUCUGGCGACGGCUGCCCGCCCUCGUCAAGAGCAGAGAGCCCCCGUCCCAGCCCGCUACGCUCCACCCGCCCCACAAAUGCCCUCACGUUACCUCCGAGCAACGACUGUGUCCCCCAGAAACGACCAAAUCUAGUUUUAGUCUAACAGAUGAGCCCAGGUGUAAUUCAAGUAACUCAUGGGAGGAGAGCUCUCACGAACAUUCCCAUUCACGUAGGAGUUCUUGCUCAGAUGUGGAUUUGUCAUCUGGCGAUGAAAGUAACAAAGGAAUUGACGGGAAGAGUAGAGCAGGAUCUAAGCGAUGUACUUGGCGACAUGGGGGCGACUCUCCAGAGCCCGGAGGUGGCAGACUCUCAAGAUGGUUCUCGAUGAAGAAGCAGAUUUCUGAGACCGAACCUAGAGGAAAAAUGCCUCUAUUACCAGAAGAAGAUGAAUGUGGUUUGAGCCAGAGAAGGACAACAGGUGCACCAUCAUUACCGCCAGCCCCUCCACACCUCAGUCCUCAGCAGCUCAAGAUGAGGCACAUAAUUGAGGCUAUCGUGCAAUCUGAGAACUCAUACCUCGACACUCUUCACAGGCUAGUCAAUGAAUAUAAGAAACCACUGGAAGAAGCAAGUCCUGCAAUCCUAAGUCCUUCUAAGAUAUCUUCUUUGUUCCAUCGUGUGCCAGAGAUCCUUCAGUGCCAUAUGCUCUUUAGGCUUGCUCUGAGGGACGCUGUAGCCAAGUGGGAUGUCCAGCACAGGAUAGGAGAUGUCUUUGUUGCGUCUUUCUCAAAGGCAGUUGUACUCAAUGUUUAUUCUGAUUUCAUCAAUAAUUUUUCAUUUGCGAUGGACCUUGCUCGAUCUGAGGCGAAAAAGAAACCUGCAUUAGCCGAGUUUUUCAGGAUCCGCCAAACAAAUUCAGAGGACAGGCUCUCAUUUUUUGGUUUAAUGGUCAAACCUGUUCAAAGGUUUCCUCAGUUUAUCCUAUUUCUUCAGGACCUAUUGCAAAAUUGUGGAGCCGGUCACCCUGAAAGAAUGGCUCUGCAGUUGGCACUGACUCAGUUGGAAUCUCUGGCAGAGCUGUUGAAUGAGAGGAAGAGGGAAGCCGAGCAAGCACAGGCAUUUAGGUUGAUGAUGAGGUCGGUGUCUGCCAAGAUGCCGGCUAGUCCCGGACCCAAGUAUCUCAUCAGGCAUGACGACGUCACUCAGCUGGAAGUGAAUCAGUGUGGAUUAAUCAGUAAAUGUAAGAAUCGUCGACUGUUGUUAUUAAAUGAUCAACUUGUCUGCGUUGCACUCAGUGCUAAAGAAGAAAAUGUUAAUUCACAACCAAGGCUAACUUACAAAUGGAGCUGCCCAAUCACUGAACUACAGGUAAUUGAAAGCCCAGGAUCCCCGACCAUCAGUCGACUGCUGACUCCAAGUGGUUCCUUGGCUUCAAGUACCAGCUCUGGCACCACUGACAGCCUCUGUCUUGAAAUGAAAGCACUCCGCCAUGACUAUGAUGUCAUAAAGAGGAUUCAUGACCUGACUCACACCCUCGAGGCACAAUACCAGGAAAUGAAUCCGGAAAUUACAAGAGCAUUACUUGACAGUAUACAACGGGAAAUCCAAAGGAAAGAUGAGCAACUUGCAUGGUUAGAUUCUUGUUGCCUCCAAUUAUCACUCCGAGGAAAAGAGGAGACUCUAACGUUUCAAAUGAAUAGUCAAGAGACGAGAAAGGAGUGGAUAACUGAGUUGAGAUUGGCUCGUCUUGCCCUGGACCCUAACAAUUCACCUGCAUGGGAAGUACCAGAGCAGGAGCUGCGCCCUUCGACGAAGAUGCCACUCUUUGUCGCUGCUCACCCUAUAUAUACUGCUCAUCCACAAUCAGAGGUUAUGUGUGGUUGCUACUACAGCAGCGCCUGUGGUAAGGCAGGGUACCUCUGGGUGUGUACUUAUGAUGGAGAGGAUUCUCAUGUAUCUAUAGCUCAAGCAUGGCAGACCUCGUUGAAAGCUCUGACGCAGAUCCAAGUUGAUGGCAUGAAGAUCACAGCUAUCGAAUAUGUGAGGAGUACAGAAACUGUCUGGAUAGGAACUGCCAACAAUAGGGUGUUAAUAUAUUCCGUCACAGAACCUGACCAUCCCGAGGUAGCCCAUUCACUACCAAUGACCGGUGAAGUGACAGGCAUGAAGGUGCACUGUGACAAUGUGUUCGUGGCCCUAACUACGGGGCGCCUGCUGGUGUUCAGGCGCCAUUCUCCCACUCCGGAGGAGGUGAGCCUUGGACCAGAUCCUGUCUCAUGCCUGUUGCCCAUCAAUCUGUCUUUGUAUGCUGCCUCUGGAAAAGUUGUAACUGUAAUGAGCGCUAUCACUGGAGAGAUGCAGAAAAGUUUUACAAUUCAACACGAACAUGUCGGUGGCCAUGUCAGCUUAAUGGCACAUUCUGGAGUUGGGCUUUGGAUCUCUCUCAGUAAUUCAAGUACCAUUUGCCUCUAUCACACUGAAACAUUCAAACACUUACAGGAUAUUAAUGUAGCCAGUAAUGUUGUAAGACUGACGGGAUUCCACGGGCCCGUUACGGUGACGGGGCUGAUGGCCUGUAAGGGAUUGCUUUGGGUAGGGACAGACGCAGGUGUAGCUCUAACCGUUCCCCUCCCAAGGCUCGAAGGUGUGCCUAUCAUAUCUGGCAGGGUCAAUGUGUCGUAUCAUGGUCACAGUGGUGCCCUGACCCUGCUACUGCCUCUUCACGACCCUCCUACUGUUCUCAAGCGUCCUCCUUCAAAAGCACUUGCAUCAGAUGUCUACGGCCUCUAUGGUCAGCUGAUGUACGUCAGGGAAGAAGAAGAAUGGGCUGAAGCGAGGACAGUCGAGCCUCGCAAAGAGGCCACCCUGGUCAGUGUGACUGCAGGUCGUGGUUAUGUCAACCAUCAACAGUGCUGCUACAAGAACAUCCAAGCCCAUGCCCAUGUCAUCAUAUGGGAGAUGAAGUUGUAA